AUUAUUAUUUACAAAUUACAAUUGCAAUUUACAGCACAUUGUAAUCCGUCUACAAUAAGUAUUAAGUAUUGCAGUUUGUUAUUUAAAUAUUGUAUACUUGAAUUGUAUAAAAAUAAAUUGGUAAAUCGUUAUUUCCUACCUAUAUCCGGAAUUCAAAAAUUAUAGCCUUACUUAAGAGACAGCCUUUAUAAUAUAACAUUCACGAAAUUAUAGACUAUUUAACUCAUUAGCUUUCCACUUGCCUCUUGCGAUCCAAUUGCUGCAGUGAACAAGACAAUGUUUAAACGUGGAUACUUACCAGAUGGCAUAGCCAAAAAUCAGGCCAAUGCGGGGUUUCAACCACAGGCAGCCUUUAACAUGGAGUACAAUCAAAACGGAUGUUCGUCGUUUACACCAAAUUAUCAGUUUCCUUACACCUUCUCUUCUGCAACUCCACCCAUGUACAGUUGGGCUAAUACGAGUAGUUCAGAAGUAAUGAAAUUUACAGGCUCAAGUAACCCACAGCCAUUAGAUACAACAGUAUUUCAUCAAAAGAAUUUUGGGUCAGUUCCAAAACGAAAAAUUGAGUUGGAUGCUGAACCUUUGCAACCACCUAAAAUGAGAAUUACUGAAGAAAAAGUAUCGGCUAGUUUACGAGACAUGCAUAUAAGCAAUGAUUUUAAGUUGCAUAAUUAUAGUCUUGGCAGUAAUAUAAGCGAACCACCUGGAAAUCCAGAAAAUGUAGAACUUAUGAGCAUUGUACCUACCGGUGAACCAGAAGGAAAAUCUCAGACUACUCUAGUUAUGUGUGAGGAAUUACGAAAACUAAAAAAAUUUAAUUCCAUCAUACCCCAACCAUAUUUAUCUAUAGGAAGGCCAAAUAAUGCCGUUGCCAUAUGGAAGCCACAACCUAUAUUGGACUUUGUUCGCACUCUUGGUGAUAAUUAUGAAGAACCAAAAUCUACUGUUGUAAUUACAGAAAUUACAGAUGAAGAUGAAAUUCUUCCAAACGAUGAAAAUGUUAUGGAAGCUGAACCAUGCAUUGCAGUUGAAGACGACGAGAUGGAACUUUGACGUGGUGACUGGUGGCAUAAUUUUUUCUCAGACGACUGUUUUAUUCUCACGGAAGGCGUGUUAACUUGCUGCUAGGCAAAUAAAUAAGAGAAGAAAUAAUUAAUAAAAAUAUGUACUUUUAAAUGCUCUAUUAUUUAAAUACGAGUAACAAGAAACAAUUUAUUUAGUUUUCUUUUAAGUGUGAUACUAAUGUAAUAUGUUCAUAAUAGUAAUUUAUGAUUAAUUUACUUAUUUUAAUUAUGUUUUGUACGAUUAUUUCCUAAACAAACAAAAAGUUGUGUAU